AUUGCGCUGCGUCUUUGUCGGCGGCUUCAUUCUGUUUGUCGCCCUAUCCGCCGCAUCCACGCGAAUCCAACGCGCUCACGACAGAUACUCAAGUCCGACCGGUAAAUUUUAUUAUCAUGGCAGUCAACAAUAUAAUGGUUCGGCUGUUGAUUAUAGAGAUCACAUUUUUGAUAUUAGCAGUUGUCAAUUCAUACCCGACAUUUGGAGACAACGAAUAUAAACAUAAAAACAGAGACAAAGGGAGAACUAUAAGAGGCUUCAAAAAUAUGGACUUAUCUACGGCUAGAGGAUUCGGCAAACGAGCCGACCAUUAUGUUAUGAAUUUAAUGCCAUCGGAUCUACUUGUGGACAACAAAGACGAUAGCUUCAAUCAAAACAUACCGAUGGAGGGAUCGUUGGAAAAAAUUUUGAAGAAUAAAUACUUUGCGAAAAAUCUGAUUGAAAAGUUAAUCGACGUCAACCACAAUGGUUAUAUUUCCAUCGAAGAAUUGCUGCAGCCAAUCGAUGGUGAAUCAUAAUAAAAAGUUAUAUAUAAAUAUAAAUAUAUAUAUUAUUAAAGUCAGUUUCACUAACAAAUUAUUUCGUUGUAUAUGUCUUCAAAGUUACAAAAAAAAUAUGUAUUAAUGUAAUUAUCAGUAUAAAGAUUUUAUUUCAUUUUAAAAUUUAUAAUUUACAUACUUAAUUAUUGUUAUUAUAUAGUAAUUCAAAACUAAACAAUUUUGUGUAGCUUAUAGUAGAAAUUACUGACUUUUUGAAAAAUAAAAUUGAUAAAUAUACACUGAAGACGAUCCACAGAAUUAAUAUGCAAAAGAAACAUGUGAUAGCGUCUCAAAUAUUGUUUAUGCUUUAAAAGUGCUAAGAUAUAAAUAUAUGCAUAAACUUACAUUAUAUAUA